AAUCACACGGAGUGCAGAGGGCAGCUGUAGUGAAGGCAUUUUUACUUCGGGGUUACACAAAUGCAUAAAAAUGACAGCUAGGCGUCAGCUCGGGGCCACACGACGCAGGUGUCUGCAGUUCUGACGUUUUGUUAAAUUGUUUGUUUAACAACAAAACAACAACAAUGUACGGCCGGGCUCCACGAGUCACCUUCAUGACAGAGGGCAGCUCCCCGUCCAGCGUCGGCCCUGGCUCCUACGAUGUCAUCCAAAACAAGCACAGCGAGUCAGAUCACUUUGCUCCAUUCCUGUCUUUGGUCAGCAGAGACUCAGUGUUCAGCCAGUCCAUUGAGGCCAUGGCCAUGCCAGGGCCUGCACAUUACAACCUUUCACAUGUCAAGCCAUUCAUUCAGGGUGGCCAAAGUCUUCAGAACCGCUCCAAGCGUUUUGAGGAUGUGGUGUCUGAGGGUCCAGGCCCUGGGGCUUACAACGUCUUACCCUCCUCGGGCAACACACUGAGGGCCGUGUUGGCUAAUGUGGGGCCUGCUGCAAAACCCAGCAACAAAAUGGGGCUGCAGGCGGCGCCUAACGCUCUCCGUCUCGUUCGUCACUCAGAUAUCCCAUCAAUUCCCUCCCCAUGCCAGGCCUAUGGCUAUGAGGAGGAUGCUCGGGGUGUGCUCUUCAAGCAGCCCCCCCCGCCCAGGGACACAACGCUCGGGCCAGCCUACUACAGCCCACUGCCUCCAGAGCUGACAUCUGCCCACAAGUAUAAGGGAGUUCACUUUGGCAACAUGACAGGGAAACGAGGCACGGUGAAGGUGAAGGAGGGUCCAGGUCCAGGACAGUAUCACCCUGAGAUUUCACCAGUAACCCACUAUGAGAACGUGAACCUUUGUAAGGAGCAGAGGGGGAAGGCCGAGCUUCUUGUCCCGCGCUACCAUGAACUGAUGACCAAGCAAGAGGAAAAGAAGGGGGUUCCAGGCCCAGGCCAGUACCACAUUAGAAGCCAGUUUGAAAAGCCUUUGAAUCCUUUCAGCAACCGGCCCAUCUGCACUGCCCCCUUCCUCUCUCAGGCAAAGAGGUUUAGCCCUGUGAAGGAGGCGUCCCCCCCUGUUGGCGAGUAUGACGACCCUCGCUGUGCCAUGGAGCUGCUGAAGAGAACCACAGGGGUGAAGAAAAGCCCCUUUGGUGUCACCUCAGUGCGUUUCAGCCCCGAUGACAGAAAAGAAUCCACGCCAGGUCCUGGGUCCUAUGACGUGUUUUAUCAGGGUUUAGCCCAGGAGAGUUUUAAGAAGGCCUUUCUAGGCAACACCAGGAGGGGAGGCUUUGGCUCCACCGCUCAACGCAUCACUGUCUUCCACAAAGAGCAGAUUCAGGCCCCCUGCCCCGGACAGUAUGAGGUUGAGAAGAAGACAGAUGAGCAUUAUAAGGAGCAGCACACGGCGGCAUUCAAAUCAGCCACAGAGCGGCUGGUGUUAUCACUGCUGGCUAAAGACUCACCUCCUCCAAACAGCUACAAUGUGAGCAAGGCGUUUGGGAAGGCUAACAGCCACACCUCCUCACAACCACGAAGCGAUGGAGCCAAGAGACGGCAGAGCUGCUUCCUCUUUGCUGCACCGCGGGAGGCCUCCUUCCUACCAAAGAAGCCCAAUGUACCAGGCCCAGGUCAGUACAACCCCAGUGUGAAAUCCUCAUGUCAGAAGGCUCUGAUCUCCUCCAGAGAGGAUCGAUUCAAAGCCUCCAUGAACACCAACCCUGGACCUGGCGCUUAUCAGCUGAGUCCAGGUAUCAUGCACACGGUACUGAAGGGCACCUUCAAUAUUACUCUUAGCAACCGUCUUGGCUCCUGCAGUUGCCCCCCUGUGGCCCCUGGCCACCUAAAGGGCCCCAAGGCUUCUGGUGGAGCCCCCCCCAACACCUUCAUCCCCACCCGCACUUCCUAGAGCCCCUCAGGGUUCAAAGUUCAGAGGCAGCUGAUUAGAGGAAAAUCAUGGCUGUGUGCUCUUUUUUCUGUCACAAAUUUACAGUAAAGACAUUGAUCA